AUGACGGCUGGAAAAUUGAGCGCAUUAAAUAAUGAGUUGCUUGAGGAGAAUAAGAACUAUCCAGAGAUUAUUUUAGAGAGAACUUUGGCUAUAUUUAAAACCGCCGCAUGGAAAAAAGAAGUCCCUCUAGUUGAUAUCUUAAUGAAGGAUGGCAUUACUGUGACCAACAGGCGAUUUGUUAAGCUUUCUUUAGAGCAGGCUAUGGAAUUUUACCAAGAUAGAAAGAAUCAGGAGGACUACAUCCAAUUGGUGGAGGACCUCAGUUGUGGCCUAAUUCUCGUAAUGGUUUAUGUCAAAAAUGGCAUCACUAAAACAUGGAAAGAUAUCGUUAAUUUUCCAACAUCAAAAGAUACAGAAAACAGACUGGCACAAAUGUUCUGGAACGAAUUCGGUGGAGUGGAGAUGAAGAAUCCAUUUCAUGCUAGUGAGUCAAAAGCGAGUGCUGUAAGGGAAAUCCGAUUCUUCUUUCCAAACACCAUUAUGGAACCAAUUCCAACGAAACAAUACGCUAAAGACUACCUCUCGAAAAACGUGAUUCCAACCCUGUUAACUGGACUCACAGAAGUGUGUAGAAAGAAACCCAAAGACCCUGUGAUAUUUUUGGCAGAAUGGUUGCUACAAAACAAUCCCAAUCAACCAGGAACCAACGAACUUUGUCCACAAAUCGAGGUGCCGAAUCAGGAAUCAAAACUAUGGAUGUAG